AUGGCUGAGUCUAUUUUUAAUAACAAGAUAACCUUGAGUUCAAAAAAUGAAGUUUUAAAUAUGAAGGUAGAUAUAAUUAAACAUGAGACAUUUAUAGAAGUAAGGCUUAUAGAAUUUAAUAAUAUUUUUAAUCUUUAUGUCUGUACUAUCUCACAACCAGAUUAUUACAUUUAUAAAAGAGAACAGGAAAUUACAGUUGAUUAUGAAAGAUUUAUAAGUGAAUUAGUUAAAUUAUUUCAUAGUCUUUCUUUAAAUAGGUACAAUGGUCUUUUUAUUGACAACACACUCAAAUUUAUAGAGUAUGGGGAUUUUAGAAAUAUUUGUAAACUUGAAUUAAAAUUCAAUAAGCCUGAUGAGCAUCAGUAUAAAAUGUAUAUAUCAGAUAUUAUUAGGAGAUUAGAAAGUGAUAAUGUUAAACUUUAUAAGGAAACUAAAUUAUUGAGAGAAAAAUGUAUUGAUGGUGAUAGGUCGCUUAAUGAUAAAAUAAGACACUUAGAAUUGGAAAAUAACGAGUAUAGAAAACGUAUUGAAACACUCUCUAAUGAGAUAAGUAAUAUUGAGUAUAAAUAUUCAUCAGAAAAACAAGAAUUUUCAAAUAUGACUAAUAGGCAUUACGAGUUAGAGACUGAAAAUAAAAGAUUAAAAGAAGAACUUGAAGAGUUUAAUAAAGACAAUCCUGUUUCUUUAAAAUCUCGGCUCAGUAAUAAAGAUUUAGAAAUUGACAGAUAUAAAGGUGAGAUUAAAUCAAAUUCUAAUUUAAUAGAUCAAUUAAGAACUGAAAAUAGAGAGUUAAAAGCCUAUAAAAGAAACAAAGAAGGAUUUGAUGAAGACAGUGAAGCUGCAAAAACGCUUAAAGAAAAAUAUGAAGAGUUGUUUAAUAAAAACAAACAGAUUGAAGAGAAAUAUAAAGAUAUCAAAACUACACUCAAAGAAAAAAAGAGUAAAAUAGAAAGUUUACAAUCAAAAAAUAAAGAACUUUCUAAACAGUUAGCUAACGCACAGAAUGUUUAUAAUCAUUUUUAUAACAAGAAUGUUGGUGAUACUGAUUAUAAGGGAGAUGAUGUUGAUUUUCCAGAGUUUAAUUUGCAAUCAGAAAAUCCACCGAGUAUUUGA